AUGCAACCCUCGAUUUUCAAUCAUUGGAAAGCGCUAUGCAUCAUGUAUGGCUCACUCUUCGCUAGCAUCUUAUUCGCUGUCGGCCAUCAUCUAUACUAUCAGAGCUUGGCGGGCACACCCGUAUCGACUUUGAACGAUCUGGCUGUUUGGAAUUGGGCCGGCAUAUCAUCACAAAAGUUCAAUACAGCGGUCGGCACCACUUUCGCAUCCUUCUUUCGAACCGCCGUGUCGAUUGCGGUCACGACAGCCUAUGUUCAGAUCGUGUGGAACGCUCUCAAGGCCGAGAGCACAAGACUAAGCGUCGUUGACGCUAUCAGUGGUAUCCUAGCAAAUCCCUUCGGGUUCUUCAAUGGGAGCGCAUGGAGGAAGUCGGUUAUACUACUUCCGCUUGCGAUGACGAUUUGGCUACUUCCGGUUGCUCCGAUCGUCACUCCUGCAACUUUGACGGUCGAGACCGCCUCUGAUGUCUCACGUUCUCUAGCAAAUGUAAGCUCGAUUGAUUUCAAUAGCUUGAACUUCGCGAUUGUAAAGAUGAUGCAUACGCCAAAAUGCGCAUACGUCUACGACGGUCCUCAGUACGAAGUGACGAAGAUCGUCACAGCAGCGACACUUCCAGGCGAUGCGCUGCCCUUAGCAGCACCAGGGAACCAGCUCAAUGCGUCAUAUACACAUCAGUUCUCUGGACCUGCUUUACGGUGCACCGAUGUUUCGGAGCCCUUGCGUGGGGAGAUUGUCUCCAACAUCAAUGCCAGCGCAUCUUCGGUCGGCAAGUCAUAUGGUUACCUCGCCUGGGUUCCGAGCACGAAUGAUUCCCGACCCUUUGGAUUAUACAAGGCCGGCACUUACUAUGAUUACAAUGGGCCGAAUACCAUCUCAGGGCCACAGACUGGAGCGCCUCUGAAGCUAUUCGUUGCCAUUCUCCCAAAUAUGGCAGAUCCAAAUAGUGCAGCCGAUAGACUAGGCUAUGAUCAUACUGGCAAUACCACUAUAGUCGAGUNNCGACUGACUGACGCAACAUACUCGUCAUCGUUCAGCUGGGUCAAUGGCAUCCGAGACAUGAAUACCACGGUGAUACCUUUUGGCAAUGAGGUAUCAUAUCCUGAUAAAGUGCUUUGCGGCGAUAUAGGGCCCAAACGGCCCUUUUCACCCGCUAUCAUCCAGAGAUAUGCCUACGCAGCGGUGAUGAAUGCUUUCGGCAGCAUUGUGCAAGGUGCAAUUUACUAUCAAAUCUUCAAGGAAACUGGAUUGCUCACCAAAGGGAACAUGAUGACUAGUGUUCUGGGCGCCACACAGGAGCUUGCCUUUCUGCUUAAUUCUACAACAAAUGACACCACCGAUAUAUCUUCACGGGAUCCAGCGGUCUGGGGUGGCGUUUCGGUCAAGAAACAUGCAGACAAUACAUUGGACUUGCGUACCACCCUAGAAAUGAUGUUCCAGAACGUCACCAUGAGAUUGUUGAGUUCAAAACUGCUCCAGCCUGACCCCAAAACACCGUACUACCCACCUCCCUUGAACGUAACAACAACUGCCUACCACAAUCUAUACUCUUACUCAGCUGCGACCUUGUGGCUUGCGUAUGGUACAGCCCUUCUCAUAACCAUGAUAACAGUCGUCAUAGGAUCCAUAGCCAUCUUCUCCAGUGAUCUAUCGUAUUCCUCGUCUUUCUCGACAGUCCUACGCACGUCCUCACAUGCUUCUGUUAGCACAAAGAUAACGAAAGAAGAUGCCAUUGGUCAGGAUCCACUGCCAAAGCAUCUGGCAGGGGCCACAAUCACUUUCGAUCAUGACGAUCGAGGGGACGAAGAGGCGGCUGUCAAGGAGCAUUUAGUCGCGAAGGGAGAGCAUGAACUCCUGCCAGUCGAGAGUUCACAGCAACGCAACGCGACAUGGUAA